UGUAUAAUUCUUCAAUACAUGAACCCUUUCAUGCGAAGGAACCUUACACGCUUUGUGAUACAAACAAACUGUUAAAAAUGGCUAACUAUUUGACUUCCUAAAAGAUCUUCCUUGCCGUCUCCGCACCGUACCCUUUCAGGAACUGUCAAAAAAUCCAGUCUUUUUCGUUCCCCAUAUGAAUCUUGAAUUUUACUCUGAUUGAAUUGUUACAAUUAACCCCAAAAAAAACCCAAUCUUUUAGAUCGUUCAAACCCAUGAUUCUUUUACUGAAUUAUACAAGAUGGGUUGAUUUAUAUUGAGCAAUUUGCUGUUGGUGUAAGUUAAAGAUUGGAUUUUUAUCAGAUUCUUGGUUCAAUUCAAAUGGUCUGUUUACUGCCACUUGACCAAGAAAAAAUCAUGGCCAAAUCACAGAAUUCAACUGACCCUUGUAUGAAAUUGGGGAAAAUCAAUCAAAUGCAAAAGAAAAAGAACAUGCUCAAUUCCAAGAAUCAAUUAAGCAUUCCUGCUUGUGAAAAAUCUCGUUCUGCUUUGAUUGAUGUAAUGAUUCUGAUUGCUGUGAUUGGUGCUUGUGGGGUUUUGCUGUAUCCUUCUGUUAAUCUUUUGGUGAAUAAAAUACCUGAAAUUCUCAGAACAAUCAGUUCUGAGGUGAAAGAGGAAAUUUAUGAAGCUCCAGUAGUAUACAUCUGUUUAGGACUUAGUAUUUUAUUUGCUGGAAUAGCUCUUUUGGCAGUUACAGUAUGUACAGGCAGGAGAUGUGGGAAACCAGGUUGUCGUGGGCUUAAGAAAGCUGCUGAAUUUGAUAUACAAUUAGAGUCAGAAGAUUGCGUUAAGAACUCAGCAAAAGAUGGAGUCAAUAAGAAGGGAUUAUUCGAGUUACCUCGCGAUCAUCAUAGAGAAUUGGAAGCUGAGCUUAAAAGGAUGGCACCUCCUAAUGGAAGAGCUGUUCUUAUAUUUCGAGGGAGAUGUGGAUGCUCUGUAGGUACAAUGGAAGUGCCUGGACCGAAAAAGACUCGAAAGGUUAAGAAAUAAGAGUAAUGUUUAUCUGUAAAACAUAUUUUAUACUGAAGUAGGCCUAAGUCCUAAUUAUCGGAUGAUAAGAAGAUACUAUUUCCUUCAAUAAGUUUAUUGAAAUAAAAUCUAAUGGAUUAUAUAGAAAAGUCAUUUGUAGUGUUUAUAUUAAAAUCAUUUCUCUUA